GGACUUUCGCAUGGACUUUGCACGGGCUGCGAAUCUUGUGCUUCUCGACUUGUUCCCCACCAAUUCCCUCCACCACCCUCGAUUUCACCAUGGCGCCCGGUCGCACCACGAAAAGAAGAAGGGUCAGCCCCCCCGCCGAAGAGGACAAGGGCUCCAAGUCCGCUCGUGCCGCCCCCAUUGGCGACUUCCACGACCAGGCCGCCGAAUGGGACCUCGAACAGGACUACGAGCGCCGGCCGCGCAAGGUGGGCAAGAAGGACCAGGAGAGAACCAGACUGCCCAUCAAGACGGACACGGGGCUGCAGAAUGUGGAGGAGCCGGAGGCUGUGGAGGACGAGUCCGACAGUUUCCUGGGCACCGACGACGACGACGAGGAGAUGGAGGAUGCGGAUUCGGAUGACGAGGAAGAGGUCGAGGAAGAAAAGCCCAAGAUCCCCCUCAAACUGCAAAUCAUCCAAGCCAAGGAAGACCUCGCGAAAUACGCCACGCUGAUCAACGAGGACCCCGAGGAACACCUCUCCACGCUGCGGGCCAUGGCCGAGAUGGUCGACAAUGCGUCGCACGUCACAAUCGCGAAACUCGCCAUCGCCGCGCAGGCCGCCGUCUACAAGGAUGUGAUCCCCGGGUACAGAAUCCGGCCUCUCAGCGACGAGGACAUGUCCUCGAAAAUCUCCAAGGAAGUGCGCAAGCUCCGGUCAUUCGAGCAGACGCUGCUCUCCAACUACAAGCGCUACAUCCAGAAGCUGGGGGAACUCACCAAGCCGUCUAAGAACGGGGCCCAGGUCGACGCCGGCCUGAAGAGCAUUGCCAUCAACUGCGCCUGCAGCCUGCUCCUGAGCGUGCCGCACUUUAACUUCCGUGCCGAACUGCUGAAGAUCCUCGUCAACCGUCUUGCCCGGAGACAGGUGGAUGCCGAUUUCGCCAAAUGCCGCGAGACAAUGGAGGAGGUUUUCCAAAGGGACCAGGAUGGGAUCGUGUCGCUUGAGGCGGUCCGCAUGCUGUCCAAGAUGAUGAAGGCGAAGGAAUUCCGCAUGCACGACAGCGUCCUCGACACCUUCCUCUACCUCCGGCUGCUGUCCGAGUUCUCCGCCAAGGCAUCCAGAGACCACAUCGAGCGCGAACCGGAGGAGGAGAACACCUUCGGCAAGAAGCCCAAGCAGAAGCGCGAGUUCCGCACCAAGCGGGAGCGCAAGGUGCAGAAGGAGCGCAAGAUAGUCGAGAAGGACAUGAAAGAAGCCGACGCCCUGGUGUCGCACGAGGAACGAGACAAGAACCAAGCCGAGACCCUGAAGCUCGUCUUCGGCAUAUACUUCCGGAUCCUGAAGCUCCGCAUCCCGGCCCUGAUGGGACCCGUCCUCGAGGGUCUCGCCAAAUACGCGCACCUGAUCAACCAGGACUUCUUCGGCGACCUGCUGGAAGCCCUGAAGGAACUCAUAGCGCACGCCGACCACGUCGAGGAGCAGGAGGGCGACGACGCCGAAGACAGCUCCAACGACGACGACGACGAGCCCGAGACAACACGAGACGCCCACCGCGAGGCGCUCCUCUGCACAGUGACAGCCUUCGCCCUCCUGGAAGGCCAAGACGCCAGCAAAGCCGCAGGCACACUACACCUGGACCUGAGUUUCUUCAUCAAACACCUAUACCGCUCGCUCUACACCCUCUCCAUCAACCCGGACGUCGAAUACAAUCCGGACAAAUCCCUCCGUCUCCCCGACCCCAACGCCCCCGAGGACGCCGCGAUCCCGCGCUCGCGAAACAAGGUCAACUUCCAGACGCCGAUGGUGCUCCUCCUCCGGUGCCUGCAAUCCACCCUGCUGUCGCGCGCGCACGGCAUCGCGCCGCCCGUCCGCGUCGGCAGCUUCUCCAAGCGCCUGAUGACGUCCUCGCUCCAGCUGCCCGAGAAAUCCGCCAUCGCCACCCUCUCCCUCAUGACGCAGGUCGCCAAGCACAACGCCCGCCGGAUCUCCUCGCUGUGGCACAGCGAGGAGCGCAAGGGCGACGGCGUGUUCAACGCCUACGCCGCCGACAUAGAAGCCACCAAUGUCUUUGCCGGCACGGUGUGGGAGGGCGAGCUGCUGCGUCAGCAUUAUUGCCCGCAGAUUCGCGAUGCCGCGCUGGAUAUCGAGAAGAUGAUUUUGACGAGGAAGUAGUCCGCUUACUUACCUAUUCCAUAUUUAUUUAUUCUCAUUAUUUUUAUGGCAUGUCGAUCGAUAUACACCUACAUACAUGAUUUGAGCGUCAUGGUUGGGUUUUCUUUUUCUUUUUUUUUUUUUUUUAUCUUAUUUUCUUCCUACUUGCUGCUACGGCUGUUGUC